AUGUCGUAUGAAGCCAUUCGAUUCAAAUCUGCGGACAAAAUCAUAAGUACUACUACUGAUUAUUCUGCUCUGGACACUAGUGAAACUAAUGGAUUGUCAUGCGUGGCUAAAACCAAAACAACUCCACAAGAAACUUUUGUUUGUUGGACCUUUGAUUGGAACCAACUGAUUGCUGAUAGAGUCAUCGGAUUCACUGGAGAAAUUAUUGUGAAGAAACCAUCAGAGAUAGUUAUUCCAGUAAAUUUGUUCAAGAAUAAAAAAGAGAUAGUUCACAAGUUUUUGGAAAUUCCAACUCCUGUAAACCUUCAGUUUGAGUACUCACUUUUACCAAUUCUGUCAACUGAAAUAUACGAUCAGAUGUUUUUACCUUCCGCGAAGAAUGACGCAAUACUGGAAGUGGAUGGGUUAAAGUUGUCUGUUAAUAAAGCAUUCCUCUCCUACCACUCUGACUUCUUCUGUGCUCUGUUUUCAUCAAACUUUAAAGAAGGAAAUAUGAACGAAAUUCCUAUCAAAGAUGUGUCUUACGAUGAAAUCGGGCUACUUCUCAGCACGAUUAACCCAAAACCUACUUUCCCUAACGACAAAACCGUUCCAAAGAUACUGGAGCUAGCCGAUCGAUUCCUGGUCCCAUCUGCAAUCUACCACGUGGAAUAUCAUCUUCUGAAUAACACCAAAAUUGAAAAUGAGAAGUUGUUGUGGAUGGCCGAUAGAUAUGGAAUGGAGGAGCUUUUGGAGAAGAUGAUCAAGGAAUUGGAUUCUAUUCAGAAGGCGAAACAACUGAAAGCUUCCGAUGGCUAUGAAGAAUUGUCUGACAAGGCGAAGGCAAAGAUUUUGGAUAAGAUUAUGACAAUUAUCUGA